AUGAGAGCUAGGUCUUCAGCGACAAUGGGGGUCUCUCUGAACUUGUUUUCUUUACUUUCAACAAUGGUGCUUCUUCUAGCUCUGUUUGUGAGCGCAGAGAAUGAAAAGCUUGUAAAUUCAAGGUUUGUCGGAACAGAGGAGUUACAGAGCUCCAAGAAUCAUCAAUGGCAGACUGGUGUAGUUUACUUCCGAUCUGGACAGUCCAAAUGGCAUAAAGGGUACAACGUUAAGCCAUUGGGAUUGGAUCUGAAGAAUCUAGGCCGUUUAUUUGGUUAUCACAGCUUUCCCUGUUCUUGCUCUGCUCAAACUCUGAGCCUUCAACUUGACCUUGCUCUGACCUCUUAUGAUUUUUAUUUUUUCACGUCUGAUGAGGCUUUGAAUGAGCAUGCAGUGGAUAAUCCAGAUGAAAUUGCCUCUAUGGUUGACAUGAGCAUUCGGAAUAGCACGGAGCGGAGAAAUUUGGGAUUUUUUUCAUGCGCAACGGGGAACCCCGUUGAUGAUUGUUGGAGAUGUGACCCCCAUUGGCAACUCCACCGCAAGCGCCUAGCCAACUGCGGCAUUGGGUUUGGGCGCAAUGCCGUGGGCGGCCGCGACGGCAAGUACUACGUCGUGAACAACCCUGGCGAUGACGACCCAAUCAACCCUAGGCCCGGAACCCUCCGCCACGCGGUCAUCCAAGACCAGCCGUUGUGGAUUGUGUUCAAGCGUGACAUGGUGAUCACACUAAAGCAAGAGCUCAUAAUGAACAGCUUCAAGACCAUUGAUGGGCGUGGGGUCAAUGUCCACAUUGCAUAUGGAGCGUGCAUCACCGUUCAAUUCAUAACCAACGUCAUCAUCCACGGGCUGCACAUCCAUGAUUGCAAGCCCACAGGAAAUGCCAUGGUCCGGAGCUCACCGAGUCAUUAUGGAUGGAGGACAAUUGCUGACGGGGAUGGGAUUUCCAUUUUUGGGUCCAGCCACAUUUGGAUAGAUCAUAAUUCUCUUUCCAAUUGUGCUGAUGGGCUCAUUGAUGCUAUAAUGGGCUCAACUGCAAUUACCAUCUCCAACAAUUACUUUACCCACCACAAUGAGGUUAUGUUAUUGGGUCACAGUGACUCUUACACAAGGGACAAGCUAAUGCAAGUGACCAUUGCCUACAAUCAUUUUGGUGAGGGGCUAAUUCAAAGGAUGCCAAGGUGUAGGCACGGGUAUUUCCAUGUGGUGAACAAUGACUACACACAUUGGGAAAUGUAUGCCAUUGGUGGAAGUGCUGAACCCACCAUUAAUAGCCAGGGCAACAGAUAUCUGGCUCCCAACAAUGCCUUUGCCAAGGAGGUGACACAUAGAGUUGAAACAAAUAACAACUGGAAGCACUGGAACUGGAGAUCAGAAGGAGACCUACUGCUCAAUGGAGCCUAUUUCAUUGCAUCAGGAGCUGGAGCUGCAGGCAGCUAUGCCAGGGCCUCAAGCUUAGGGGCCAAGUCAUCUUCCAUGGUUGGCACCAUCACAGCUGGUGCUGGUGUUCUUAAUUGCAGGAGGGGUUACCAAUGUUAA